AAACAUCGUACUAAUUAUGACGAGGUUAAUACCUUCUGGAAUACGGUUGAGACCAUCCAAACCAAACAAAAAGAAUUGGAAUUCAAGAAGAGUGUUUUCGAUGGGGCCAUCACAUACACUGAAGAAGUGUUUGCAACUGCCACGGAAAAUUUGAAAAAUGAGAAAAAACGUUCAUCUGCUGAAUUUCUGAAAGAUAAAGCCCCUCUUCCACGUGUUGUCACUCCACGAAAGGAGUCUUUAUCUGAAUACACAACUGGAUCUGUGAAGUUGCUUGACCAAACGAAUAAGGAUAUUUUCAGUGAUGAAGAGGAAGUGGAGGAAAGUACUAGUUCAAAAAAAGCUCAUAAUAAUUCGAAACAAAAGCGACGUCAAACAAGAUAUGGAAGAGACAUCCCAGACUAUUCCGAACAAGAAUCUGAUCAAGGAUAUAAGCCUGAAAAAAGAGUACGCUUACGAUCGCAUCAUGCAGGCAAGGAUGAUAAACCAGAGAUUGAUGACGGGAAAUUCGAGGAAAAUUAUGAUGAGGAAACCGAAUUGUUUUUCGAACUCUCUGAUAUAUCAGCAAUUCAAGAGUUAAUUACAGAAUCUAUUGCAAAUACGACUGAGGAAUUGGUAGUUAAAUUGUUGAGAUGGCAACAGAACAACCUUAAGCAAUUAUAUCAUGGAAUUCAUCGUCCAGAAGAACAGAAUAUCAAUAAAAUUCUAUCUGUUUCAUCAAUAUUUUAUUUCCGGAAACAAAAUGAGCAAUCCUAUCUUGAUUUUCUAACAGCAAACGAUAUUUCUAAAAUUCGGUCAGGUAUCAUCUCAAAAUUUGUAAAAAUUACAACUCCGCAUGAAUUGAUAAGUUUCGUUGAUGAAAAUAAAAAGAAAUUUCAACGGGAUGCUCAGGAAGAAAUCGCAAAAUUCAUUAAAUUAUCUGCUGUGAAACAGAAUGGGAGUUUAUUAAAUGAAACAUUUUUCAGAUUAUUAGAAGAAUGCGCCACUUGGAAUUCUUCAGUAGAUGUGAAUAAAAUGAACGAAGGAUCAUACAUUGUAGACUGUAUUGGGCCACUGAUCGAUACAGUGUCAGAAGCGUCUAAAUUACGCCGAAGUCGUGGUAGAGUGCCCGACUAUAUGUUGAAAAAUAGAGACGAGACUUGUGUAGGCGUUUUCUGCGAAGUAACAAGCCCCAAACGUCAGGAUGAGGAGCAUAAAGUUUAUUGGGAUAUUUACCGUGGUUCCAUACAUGCUAAGGACUCCAUAGAUUUUGACAUCAAACAACGAGAGAUGCACCCAGAUGAAACGAAUCAAAUUGUCGUUUUUAUCAAUGGCCACAAAAUGGAAAGAUCUGGGAUCACUUAUAAAGCUUCAUCAAAUAUUGAUGAGUAUUCGGACUUGUUGGGUGAGAGAAGCCGUACCACACCACUUCAAACAAAUUAUUCAAAGUGGUUACGUCCAACUGCUGAUACGCCAAGUGCAAGAACUGAAAACUACUUGUCUGUACUUAUGAAAAAGUAA